AUGUCGGUCAACCAGCUAAAUGCUCCACCAAGUUCGGCUUCAUCUGAAAGUGACGCAAGCGAACCCAAGGAAUGCGGCACGUUAGAUCUCAACAACGGAGUGCACUCUUGCGAUAGUGGUUAUGAUGCGGAAAUGGUACCAGACUGCUGUCCAGCUUCGCCGGCCACGGUUCCAAGUAAAACUACUCGUUCGAAUUCAUUUGGAUCGCAACUUCGCUCGCCAAAACCACGCCGCCAGAGAACCACAUCGGUGAACCAAAACACCAUCAACUCUAAUGAGGCGAUUAUUCGCUCGAACAAUCGUACAAUCUACACAGCCGGGCGGCCACCAUGGUACAACUGUGCUGGCCAGCAAGUUGAACCCUUCGUGAUAGGUAUUUGCGGUGGAAGUGCAUCAGGAAAGACUACCGUUGCACAGAAAAUAAUCGAAAGCUUGGACGUGCCAUGGGUUACACUAUUAUCCAUGGAUUGUUUCUAUAAAAUAUUGAACGAUAAACAGCAUGAGCAAGCGAAUCGCAACGAGUAUAAUUUUGAUCAUCCCGAUGCUUUCGACCUGGAGCUGAUGAAGGAUGUUAUUCAACGGCUGAAAGAAGGAAGAAAAGUUGAGGUCCCGGUGUAUAAUUUUGUUACACACUCAAGAGAGCAACACACGAAAACUAUGUAUGGUGCAAAUGUUAUCAUUUUUGAGGGUAUUCUGACGUUUCACAGCAAGGAAAUACUGAAGAUGCUCGAUAUGAAAAUAUUUGUCGAUACGGAUGCAGACAUCAGGCUUGCUAGGCGUCUAAAACGGGAUAUCAUGCAGCGUGGUCGUGACCUGGACGGUGUACUUAAACAAUAUUCGACCAUGGUAAAACCGGCGUACAGCUGUUAUAUCGCCCCAACCAUGGCACAUGCAGACAUCAUAGUGCCACGCGGUUCGAGUAACAUUGUUGCUAUUAGGCUUAUCGUACAACAUGUACAUACGCAACUGCAGUUGCGUGGAUUCAAACUUAGAGAGGCGUUGGCACAUUCAUAUAUCGGUCAGCCGAUGCCGGAUUCGUUAAAACUGCUUCCAACAACGCCUCAGAUCAAAGGCCUCCACACUUUCAUACGCAAUGCAAAUACCGCCCGUGAUGAGUUUAUAUUUUACUCGAAACGGUUAAUCCGUUUAGUUCUAGAAUAUGCGCUAAGCUUGCUUCCAUUCCGGGCCGUUGAAGUCGAAACACCUCAAAGUAUGCCAUAUAAAGGCAAACGAAUGGCGUGCCAAAAAAUAUGUGGUGUAUCGAUCCUUCGUGCCGGGGAAACUAUGGAGCAGGCUGUUAGCGAUGUCUGCAAGCAUAUUCGUAUUGGAAAGAUUUUAAUCCAGACUAACCAACUAACUGGUGAGCCUGAGCUGUAUUAUCUUCGACUGCCGAAAGAUAUAAAAGAUUAUCGUGUGGUGUUAAUGGAUGCAACUGUUGCUACUGGGGCAGCAGCCAUUAUGGCGAUUCGCGUACUACUGGAUCAUGAUGUUCCUGAGGAAAAUAUACUGCUUGUGUCGUUGCUGAUGGCGGAAAUUGGCGUUCAUUCGAUAGCAUACGCCUUUCCGAAAGUGCAAAUCGUAACCUCUGCCCUUGAUCCAGAGAUAAAUGAAAAGUUUUAUGUCAUACCUGGGAUUGGAAAUUUUGGUGACCGUUACUUUGGUACAGAACCAACGGAUACGACGUACGAGUAGCACAAACGUUGCUCAAUUUUCAGUGUUAGUGCUCGAGCAA